CUCAUUCCUCUUCCUUUCUUUCCCUUUAGAGGUGAAGGUGCAACAGUUUUCGGUCGUCCCGAAACCGGGUUCAUCCGACACCCUCACCACAAAUCCAGCUGAUCUGAGCUCCACAGCGGCACCAUGCCUCCCAAAUUCGACCCCAACGAGAUUAAGAUUGUGUACAUGAGGUGCACAGGAGGAGAAGUCGGAGCCACCUCAGCCCUGGCCCCUAAAAUCGGUCCUCUGGGUCUGUCUCCCAAGAAAGUUGGUGACGACAUUGCCAAAGCGACCGGUGACUGGAAAGGCCUGAGGAUCACUGUCAAACUGACCAUCCAGAACAGACAGGCAGCUAUUGAGGUUGUGCCCUCUGCUUCAGCCCUGAUUAUCAAGGCCCUGAAGGAGCCUCCCCGUGACAGGAAGAAGGUCAAGAACAUUAAGCACAGUGGAAGUGUGAGCUUUGACGAGAUCGUGAGCAUCGCUCGUGUCAUGAGGCCUCGCUCCAUCGCCAGAGAGCUGUCUGGAACCGUGAAGGAGAUUCUGGGCACGGCUCAGUCUGUCGGCUGCACCAUUGACGGGCGCCCUCCGCACGAUGUCAUCGAUGACAUCAACAGUGGCAAAGUGGAGUGUCCCGCUGAGUAAAUGGACAAUAAAUGACUUUGUAUAAAA